CUACCUCGUAUAUCACAUUGAACCCAAAUUAAAUCAAUCUUUUCCUGGGAUUGAAACCAACAGGGGAGGUGAGAAGACGAAAUAUGACACCAACAAACAGCACGUCAACAGAGAAACAAUGGAAUUCUCCAUUGCCUUAUCUUUAUGGCGGCCUGGGUCUAAUGCUAUUGCUUAUAACCGUGGCAUUAGCCAUGUUGGCAUGCUCGUUUAGGAAGAGAUCUCUUGAUUCACCUGAUUCUCAUCUUCAAGAAGAAAUCUCAGCAAAAUCUAUCCGCCCUUUACCGGAUGCUGAACUGAGGAUCGAUAUGGUGGUGAUCAUGGCUGGGAAUAACAGGCCUACAUACCUGGCAACACCGGUCAUUUCUGAUUUUGAGCAAGUCUAAGUAACAUCUGUUUUUUCCUUAGAGUUUUCCUUAUUGAAGUUGAGGGAAAGUAUGUAAGCAUAUGAAGAUUUUUUUUUUUUUUUUUAAAGGUUAAACUCCUAUUUUGGUCCUUGAACUAUUGUAUGGACUCUCGAUUUGGUCCCUGAACUAAAGAAAUUCUUAAUUUAGUC